AUUUCAACUCUCUGACCGUUAGCUCCUCCUCCGCCCUCCCUCCUCGCCGCCCGCCGGCGACCGCUUUCGUUCGUCUCCCCCCCACCGAGCAAACCACCACCGCUCCUCCUUGCUAGUAGUAGCAAAAAGCAUCCAUUGACCACGCCCCGGCCCCCGCGCGGCAUCGACGACCAGGCCUGCUCCCCGCACUCGGCCUCGGAUCCAGAUCCACGCCCCCUGCCGCUGGUUUGGUUGGGGAGUUGCUUCAGCAUAUACGGCUCCAAAUCCUGCACCCAACGGCGCUGACCUUACGACGUGGUGCUGCAGGUUCUCCCGGGAUGGAGAAUGGGGAGAUCACCGAGGGGCUGCCGGUGCCGGCGCCGCCCAACGGGCGGCGUUACAGGCCGGUCGGUCUCGACGACCGUGCCGUGAUCCAGAUGGCUUCUAUGGAUACCGGGCCUUCCUCCGACGACGGCGGCACAGCAACACCUCAGCCGCCGAGGACCCUUAAGCCUGGUGCUAAUCUGAACAUUGACCCAAGCACGCAAGAAGGUUCUAGUGAUCAUGCUACAUCCAGUGGAUCUCAAGGGGAUUCGAAGCUGGAGCUUUUUGGUUUUGACUCACUUGUAAAUAUUUUGGGCCUCAAGAGCAUGACAGGAGAACAGGUUCAGGCUCCUUCGAGUCCUAGGGAUGGAGAGGAUGUUGCAAUUACCAUUGGACGUCCGAAGGAAACUGGACCUAAGUUUGGUACCAUGAUGGGUGUCUUUGUGCCAUGCUUGCAGAAUAUCUUGGGAAUCAUUUAUUAUAUCCGGUUUACCUGGAUUGUUGGUAUGGCAGGCAUAUGGCAGUCACUUGUUUUAGUCUCAUUCUGUGGUGCUUGCACAUUUUUAACCGGAUUAUCAUUAAGUGCCAUUGCAACGAAUGGAGCAAUGAAGGGUGGUGGGCCAUAUUAUCUCAUUGGUCGUGCGCUUGGCCCUGAAGUUGGAAUCAGUAUUGGAUUGUGUUUCUUCCUGGGAAAUGCAGUUGCUGGAUCCAUGUAUGUGCUGGGUGCUGUAGAAACCUUUUUGGACGCUGUUCCUUCUGCCGGAUUGUUUCAAGAGAGUGUAACAGUGGUCAACAAUACAUUGUUAAACGGCACAGCAACAGCUGGCACUGCAACUAUAGCAACACCAAGCUUGCAUGACCUUCAAGUAUACGGUGUUAUUGUGACCAUACUGCUCUGUUUUAUUGUGUUUGGUGGUGUCAAAAUCAUCAACAAGGUUGCACCUGCCUUCUUAAUACCCGUACUCUUUUCACUGUUGUGCAUUUAUCUUGGUGUCUUCAUUGCACCAAGACACAAUGCUCCAAAGGGAAUCACCGGGUUGAGUAUAGCCUCACUCAGAGACAACUGGGGUUCAGAAUACCAACGUACAAACAAUGCUGGAGUCCCUGAUCCAAAUGGUUCUAUAUAUUGGGAUUUCAAUGCUUUGGUAGGUCUCUUUUUUCCGGCAGUCACUGGAAUUAUGGCUGGCUCAAACCGAUCUGCUUCACUGAAAGAUACACAACGUUCAAUACCAAUUGGAACAUUAUCUGCAACUCUUACAACAACUGCUAUGUACUUGUUUUCUGUGCUUCUGUUUGGAGCCUUGUCCACAAGAGAAGAGCUUCUAACUGAUAGGCUGCUUACUGCUACAGUGGCAUGGCCUUCUCCAGCAGUGAUCUAUAUUGGUAUUAUCCUGUCCACUUUAGGUGCAGCGCUGCAGAGUUUGACAGGAGCUCCAAGGUUACUUGCAGCAAUAGCAAAUGAUGACAUCCUUCCAGUUCUUAAUUACUUUAAGGUUUCUGAAGGAGCCGAGCCUCAUGCAGCCACUUUAUUCACAGCAUUAAUAUGUAUUGGAUGUGUGAUUAUUGGGAACUUAGAUUUAAUUACACCCACUAUCACUAUGUUCUUUCUUCUGUGCUAUGCUGGUGUGAACCUGUCUUGCUUUCUGCUUGACCUACUUGAUGCUCCUAGUUGGCGCCCUCGAUGGAAAUUUCACCACUGGAGCCUUUCACUUGUUGGUGCAUUGCUUUGCGUUGUUAUCAUGUUUUUGAUCUCUUGGUCUUUCACUGUUAUCUCCCUUGCUCUUGCAAGCCUCAUUUAUUACUAUGUGAGUCUAAAAGGGAAGGCUGGAGACUGGGGAGAUGGGUUCAAGAGUGCAUAUUUUCAGUUGGCAUUGAGAAGUCUCAGAUCGCUAGGAGCAAAUCAAGUUCAUCCUAAGAAUUGGUACCCCAUUCCUCUGAUAUUAUGCCGCCCUUGGGGUAAACUUCCAGAAAAUGUCCCUUGCCAUCCAAAACUUGCAGAUUUUGCCAAUUGUAUGAAGAAGAAGGGCCGUGGUAUGUCAAUAUUUGUCUCAACCAUUGACGGUGAUUAUCAUGAACUGGCUGAGGACGCGAAGACUGCCUGUCAUCAGCUGGAAGCUUACAUUGAAUACAAACGCUGUGAGGGUGUUGCGGAGAUCAUUGUAGCACCUUCAAUGUCCGAGGGCUUUCGCAGUAUUGUUCAAACAAUGGGCCUGGGUAACUUGAAGCCAAAUAUUGUUGUGGUGCGAUACCCUGAGAUCUGGCGUCGUGAGAAUCUGACAGAGAUACCAUCAACAUUUGUGAGUAUAAUAAAUGAUUGCAUUAUUGCCAACAAGGCGGUUGUUAUUGUGAAGGGCCUUGACGAGUGGCCUAAUGAGUUCCAGAGACAGUAUGGGACUAUUGACCUCUACUGGAUCGUGAGAGACGGAGGGUUGAUGCUUCUUCUGUCUCAGCUCCUUCUCACGAAAGAGACCUUUGAAAGCUGCAAGAUCCAAGUCUUCUGCAUAGCUGAAGAAGACACUGAUGCUGAGGAGCUAAAGACCGAUGUCAAGAAGUUCCUCUAUGAUCUUAGAAUGCAUGCUGAGGUCAUCGUUGUGACUAUGAAGUCAUGGGAAUCUCAUGUGGAGAGCAGUAGCAGUGGUGCUCAGCCAGACGACUCCCAAGAGGCUUACACAAGUGCACAGCGAAGGAUCAGCUCAUACCUUUCUGAGAUGAAGGAAACCACACAAAGAGAAGGACGGCCGCAAAUGGAGGACGGGAAGCAAGUUGUUGUGAACGAACAAAAGGUUGAUAAAUUCCUCUAUACAAUGUUGAAGUUAAACUCCACGAUACUCAGGUACUCCAGAAUGGCAGCUGUGGUGCUAGUGAGCCUCCCUCCGCCACCGCUGAAUCACCCUGCAUAUUUCUACAUGGAGUACAUGGAUCUGCUUGUGGAGAAUGUCCCACGCAUGUUGAUAGUUAGGGGAUACAGACGAGACGUUGUCACAUUUUUCACAUGACUGGAUAUACUAUACCUUUGGGUGCGUGGUUCGUUGUUGUACUACCAUCAUAGCAGAAUGGAUACACAGAUUGGUAUACCCUGUGAGGCUGUGACGUGAUAUAUACCACAAGCCAUCAUAUACCUGAGACGCGAUGCUGCUGGGCUGUUACUGCCACAUUAAUUAGGUACGCGAACUAAAGUAUCUUGAUUCUUUUUUCUGGACACAACAGAUGUAUACUUGGUCAUUACAAAUUUUGUAGCCAUUUUCUCUGUGCUUAACUGUUAUGCUUACCUGUUCACCAAAACAGUAGCAUUAGUAUUCCUCUUUUGUGUUGUUUUCCAUUGUUUGUGUACAUUCUGAGAAACUGCACCCAGAACCCAGCUGAUGAAAUGAGAAAAAAAAAUAGUACAUAAUCAUGGGAUAUAAUUAAA